GCGCCAAACCGCGAAAGCAAAAAUUUCUUGUCUUUCCCGAGCCUGGGCUGGCACUGGCUCACCCACCCACCACCCACACCGUCCCGGAGGAGCGAACGAGAGAUUUUAUUUAUUGAACGUCUUUCCCCCGGCAAAGACACACUUCUUCUCCUUCUCACCCAUCACACUCUCCCAACUCAUACAAGCUCUCCCCACAACCUCCACCUUCAACCCCCACGAACUUCCUUCUUCACACUAUCACUACUCCCCCAAACACCACAUCUAUCACAAUGGGUUUCGCUGAGGGCAACACCACCAAGGGCGCCAAGCUCUUCAAGACCCGCUGCGAGCAGUGCCACACCGUCGACGCCGGUGGAUCGAGCAAGACCGGACCCGCUCUCCACGGCCUCUUUGGACGCAAGUCCGGCCAGGUUGAGGGCUACUCGUACACCGACGCCAACAAGCAGAAGGGUGUUGAGUGGAACGAGAACACCUUGUUCGAGUACCUCGAGAACCCCAAGAAGUACAUUCCCGGUACUAAGAUGGCUUUUGGAGGUCUGAAGAAGGCCAACGACCGCAACGACCUGAUCUCCUACCUCAAGGAGGCCACCAAAUAAGCGGUUUCGUUCGUCUGUUCGUUCGCACGAGUGCCUUCUUUCCGAAUACCCGUCCUACCUACCUACCUCCACCACCACCACCACCACCACCACCACCACCA